CAACCUCGGGGGCAAACCAAAAAACGGUCGCAACAGCUGGAGAAUGCGCGGCGAAAACUUCUCAAGUCUAUCAUGGCGGUGCAGGCCUACAGAUGCACGGAUUCACUGCUCGUUGCGGUACUAAAGUGGUGACUCAUCUAAUCUGCUCUUGGUCCGGAGGGACCGGAAUUACAUUUUUUUACCACGUUUUAUGAAUUUGUUAAUUUAGUUUCAAAUAGUUCAGGAUGACACAGCUAGCGGUGAACUCUAGCGGACCUGAUGGAAACAACACUUGCGAGAUCAAGGACAGCUUCCUGUCUGCGGCGCUCCCCGCUUCCUAUUCCCUCAUCUGCCUCAUAGGACUGUUGAACAACACCAUGACCAUACUGGUGUUCUUCCUCAGGAAGCAGUCUGUCUCGUCCAUGGCGGUGUACCUGAGACACCUGGGCAUUGCCGACUUCCUCCUCGUCCUCUGCCUGCCCUUGCGUGUGUACUACCACAACACAGAGGGCCCCUUCCUCCUCUGCAAGAUGGUGGGCGUCUUCUUCUACCUCAACAUGUACGCCAGCAUCCUGUUCCUCAGCCUGAUCAGCCUGGACCGCUACCUGAAGAUCCUCAAGCCGGUGUGGGUGCGGCGCAUGCAGACGGAGGCCUGGAGCCGCAGGGCCUCCCGUGGCGUGUGGGCCGGGCUCGUCCUCGUCAUGUCGCUCUUCUUCCUCAGCAACAGCAGCGAGCGCCCGUGCGACCGCAUCUGCUUCCACUUCCAUCACAAGGGCCUGGUCGGCGGCGUGGUCAACCUGACCGCGGUCGCCUUGUUCGUCGGCGCCUUCCUCUUCUUGGUCUGCUUCUACGGGCAGAUCGCCGUCAAGCUGAGGGCCAUGUCUCUGGGCUGUCAGGACGCCCGGGCCCGGAGGAAGAAGAGCAGGGUGAUCCUGAAGACCUUGGUGGUGCCCUUCAUCUUCACCCUGUGUUUCCUGCCCUAUCACGUGGUCAGAGUACCCUACGUGCUCGCCCAGAUGGGCGUGAUCGGGGAGGUGAGCAGCAAGCAGAUCCUGCACAUGCUGAACGAGCUCACCCUGCUCCUCUCGGCCCUCAACAGCUGCCUGGACCCCGUCCUGUACUACCUGCUGUCCAGCACCUACAGGAGGGCCACUCUCUGUGCCUUGCAGGGGAAGUUUAAAAACAUGUACGCUCUCAGCUCCAAGAGCAACAGUGUCAUCCAUUCAGUCAACGAGACGUGGAGAUGAUGACCUCUCACCAUCAACUCUUUAUGUAAUAUGUACUUAAAACUCAAAACAUAUUAAAUAUUAAUACAGGGUUGGCCACCCCUGCAUUAAUACAUACUGGUUCAAAAGCAAUAGAUAACUUGGAUAUUUUUAUAGAAUUUAUAUAAAUGUACAUAGG